GCCUCCACCUGCAGGCGGUGCAGGAUUUUCCUUGUCCACUGACCCCCUCUAGCGCCGAACUGGCGGCAUCGGAGGCGCGGCUGCCAGGCCGGGAGAAGGCUGGGCUUGGCCGGCUCUGCCGCGCGCCCGGCUCCGUCCCUGCCCUGGGCGCCCGCCUCGGCGCGGGGUCCCUCCCCGUCUGCACGCAGUGUGGCCCCGAGCCUGGGGCGGGGGCCGCGGGGUCCCCGCUCGUGCCCUGCGCCGCCGCUUCCGGGAGACCCGCGCGCGGGGGGGAGUGGGUGCCGCGAGGGGACGGCUCGUGCGGGGGGAGCCCUCAGAACACGGCGCCCUGCGCUGCCGUGGAUGUGGCCACGCGCCACCGGGACUGCUAGGAGAGCGCGGCUCGACGCCACCACGCCGUGGACGCUCGGGGACCCCCGAAUCCCAGCGUCAGGGCUGCGACGAUGCUCGUGACCUCCACCGCGAAGUCACCUCCGCACGGCGACGCGAAGACCUCGCGAGCCCGGGCGCCGGGCGGCCGCGGCUUUCCCGCCUGAUGUGACCCCUCAGCGCUUCCUCCCCGCGCUCCGCUUCGCUAGGACUGGAAGCCGCGGAGGCGCUCGCCCCGGUGGGCAAGUUUGGGCGGCCCGCGCGGAGGACGGUCGGGAGCCCCCUCAGCGGGGAGACGUGGAGGAGUCGGGGAGGCGGCGCUGGGAGCUGACUCGACCUCCACGGCCCGCGCCGCUGCUGUGAAGCGGGCGGCCAAGUGCCUGUGGGGCUGAGGGCGGCCUCAGAGACGCCCGGAAAGCGGCGGCCACGGCCGACUCGGAGGAGCCUGCGGUGCGCCGCUGCCCUGGCCGCUCAGGCCCGGAGCCCAGGGCUCAGUUUGCGCCCCGCCCGAACCCCUGGUGGCCCGCUCGAGCCGCCGUCCGCCCGGCUCUCCUCGCACGGGCCGGAGGAAAGUUCCCGCGGCCCCCACGCCCCCCGCCUUCGGCCCCGCACGUGCCGCCCCGUGCGCCCGCCCCACCUGGCAGUGCCGCCCCGCCCCCGCCCCCGUCCCCGCGGCGAGGCGCUCCCCGCCCCCUCGCUCCCCUCCCCCAAACCACAGCCCGAGCUCGCUCCUGCGCGCGCGCUCUCUCGGGCCCAAGUGAAUAGUCCUCGCGCGAGCGGGACACUGUGGUGGAUGCGAUUCCCCGCGCCUCCAGCCGGCAGGAGCUCCCGGGCGCCGCAGGCAGCGUCCUCCUCCGAAGCGCCUGCACCGGCACCUGGGCAGCCUGGACCCUCGUGCCUUGUCCCCGGGACCUCGCGCGGGGGGCGCCCCGGGACACCCCCUGCGGGCCGGGUGGAGGAGGAGGAGGAGGAGGAGGAAGAAGACGCGGACCGGGACCCCCGUCCCACCCGGAGCACCUGCCCGCGCUGCCGCCACUUCUCGGUGGGGAGGAGGAGAGAGCCGGGGAGAACCAUGGGGGGCCGCGAAGUCCGGGAAUUUCUUCUGCAAUUUGGGCUCUUCCUGCCUCUGCUGACGGCGUGGCCGGGCGACUGCAGUCACGUCUCCAACAACCAAGUUGUGUUGCUUGAUACAACAGCUGUGCUGGGAGAGCUAGGAUGGAAAACAUAUCCAUUAAAUGGGUGGGAUGCCAUCACUGAAAUGGAUGAACAUAAUAGGCCCAUUCACACAUACCAGGUAUGUAAUGUAAUGGAACCAAACCAGAACAACUGGCUUCGCACAAACUGGAUCUCCCGUGAUGCAGCUCAGAAAAUUUAUGUGGAAAUGAAAUUCACACUGAGGGAUUGUAACAGCAUCCCAUGGGUCUUGGGGACUUGCAAAGAAACAUUUAAUCUGUUUUAUAUGGAAUCAGAUGAGUCCCAUGGAAUUAAAUUCAAGCCAAACCAGUAUACAAAGAUCGACACAAUUGCUGCUGACGAGAGUUUUACCCAGAUGGAUUUGGGUGAUCGCAUCCUGAAACUCAACACUGAAAUUCGUGAGGUGGGGCCUGUAGAAAGGAAAGGAUUUUAUCUGGCUUUUCAAGACAUUGGGGCGUGCAUUGCCCUCGUUUCAGUCCGUGUUUUCUACAAGAAGUGUCCCUUCACUGUUCGUAACUUGGCCGUGUUUCCUGAUACCAUCCCAAGGGUUGAUUCCUCCUCUUUGGUUGAAGUACGGGGUUCUUGCGUGAAGAGUGCUGAGGAGCGUGACACGCCCAAACUGUAUUGUGGAGCUGAUGGAGAUUGGCUGGUUCCUCUUGGAAGAUGCAUCUGCAGCACAGGAUUUGAAGAAAUUGAGGGUUCUUGCCAUGCUUGCAGACCAGGAUUCUAUAAAGCUUUUGCUGGGAACACAAAAUGUUCUAAAUGCCCUCCACAUAGUGUAACAUACAUGGAAGCAACUUCUGUCUGUCAGUGUGAAAGGGCUUAUUUCCGAGCUGAAAAAGACCCACCUUCUAUGGCAUGUACCAGGCCACCUUCAGCUCCUAGGAAUGUGGUUUUUAACAUCAAUGAAACAGCCCUUAUUUUGGAAUGGAGCCCACCAAGUGACACAGGAGGGAGAAAAGAUCUCACAUACAGUGUGAUCUGUAAGAAAUGUGGCUUAGACACCAGCCAGUGUGAGGACUGUGGUGGAGGACUCCGCUUCAUCCCAAGACACACAGGCCUGAUCAACAGUUCCGUGAUAGUACUUGACUUUGUGUCUCACGUGAAUUACACCUUUGAAAUAGAAGCGAUGAAUGGAGUUUCUGAGUUGAGUUUUUCUCCCAAGCCAUUCACAGCUAUUACAGUGACCACGGAUCAAGAUGCACCUUCCCUGAUAGGUGUGGUAAGGAAGGACUGGGCAUCCCAAAAUAGCAUUGCCCUCUCAUGGCAAGCACCUGCUUUUUCCAAUGGAGCCAUUCUGGACUACGAGAUCAAGUACUAUGAGAAAGAGCAUGAGCAGCUGACCUACUCUUCCACAAGGUCCAAGGCCCCCAGUGUCAUCAUCACAGGUCUUAAGCCAGCCACCAAGUACGUAUUUCACAUCCGUGUGAGAACCGCGGCAGGAUACACUGGCUACAGUCAGAAAUUCGAAUUCGAAACAGGAGAUGAAACUUCUGACAUGGCAGCAGAACAAGGACAGAUCCUCGUGAUAGCCACCGCUGCUGUUGGCGGAUUCACUCUCCUGGUCAUCCUCACUUUAUUCUUCUUGAUCACUGGGAGAUGUCAAUGGUACAUAAAAGCCAAGAUGAAGUCAGAAGAGAAGAGAAGAAACCACUUGCAGAAUGGGCAGUUGCGCUUCCCGGGAAUUAAAACUUACAUUGAUCCAGAUACCUAUGAAGACCCGUCCCUAGCAGUCCAUGAAUUUGCAAAGGAGAUUGAUCCCUCCAGAAUUCGCAUUGAGAGAGUCAUUGGGGCAGGUGAAUUUGGAGAAGUCUGUAGUGGGCGUUUGAAGACACCAGGGAAAAGAGAGAUCCCAGUUGCCAUUAAAACCUUGAAAGGCGGCCACAUGGAUCGGCAAAGAAGGGAUUUUCUAAGAGAAGCUAGUAUCAUGGGCCAGUUUGACCAUCCAAAUAUCAUUCGCCUAGAAGGUGUUGUCACAAAAAGAUCCUUCCCGGCCAUUGGGGUGGAGGCGCUUUGCCCCAGCUUCCUGAGGGCAGGGUUUUUAAAUAGCAUCCAGGCCCCGCAUCCAGUGCCAGGGGGAGGAUCUUUGCCCCCCAGGAUUCCUGCUGGCAGACCAGUAAUGAUUGUGGUGGAAUAUAUGGAGAAUGGAUCCCUAGACUCCUUUUUGCGGAAGCACGACGGCCACUUCACAGUCAUCCAGCUGGUUGGAAUGCUCCGAGGCAUCGCAUCGGGCAUGAAGUAUCUUUCUGAUAUGGGUUAUGUUCAUCGAGACCUAGCGGCUCGGAAUAUAUUGGUCAAUAGCAACUUGGUAUGCAAAGUUUCGGAUUUUGGUCUCUCCAGAGUGCUGGAAGAUGAUCCAGAAGCUGCUUACACGACAACCGGUGGAAAAAUCCCCAUAAGAUGGACGGCUCCAGAAGCAAUCGCCUACAGAAAAUUCUCCUCAGCAAGUGACGCGUGGAGUUAUGGCAUUGUCAUGUGGGAGGUCAUGUCCUAUGGAGAGAGGCCUUACUGGGAAAUGUCUAACCAAGAUGUCAUUCUGUCCAUUGAAGAAGGGUACAGACUUCCAGCUCCCAUGGGCUGUCCAGCAUCUCUACACCAACUGAUGCUCCAUUGCUGGCAGAAGGAGAGAAAUCACAGACCAAAAUUUACUGACAUUGUCAGCUUCCUUGACAAACUGAUCCGAAAUCCCAGUGCCCUUCACACCCUGGUGGAGGACAUCCUUGUAAUGCCAGAGUCCCCUGGUGAAGUUACCGAAUAUCCUUUGUUUGUCACGGUUGGUGAUUGGCUAGAUUCUAUAAAGAUGGGGCAAUACAAAAAUAACUUCAUGGCAGCAGGAUUUACAACUUUUGACCUGAUUUCAAGAAUGAGCAUUGAUGACAUUAGAAGAAUUGGAGUCAUACUCAUUGGACACCAGAGACGCAUAGUCAGCAGUAUACAGACUUUACGUUUACACAUGAUGCACAUACAGGAGAAGGGAUUUCACGUAUGAAAGGACUACAAGCACCCGUGUUUUGUGCCUCAGCAUUUCUAAAAUGGACGAUACCCUCUCUGCUUCCCUCUCUUCUGAUUCUCCAAUCAUCACUUCACAAACUGCAGUCUUCUGUUCAGACUAUAGGCACACAACUUAUGCUUAUGCUUCCAACCAGGAUUUUAAAAUCAUGCUACAUAAAUCCUCUAUGACUAACCUGCACAUAAAACCCUGGUCCACUGAAGAUUAUUGCUACGCAAUGGUAAAUAACUCAGCAUCGAUGUGUAAUGUUGUAUAAGCAGUAUGUGGGAAGUGCUCACGGACUUAACCUAAAGGCAUUUAUCCAGCUGGGGCUUCCUCAGUGAUGUAUGUAGAGUGUGAUGGUAGAUGAGAAUGAACUAGUUGACCUUUCUUUCAGGUUUUGUGAUCAAGUAGCUUCCAAACUGACAUAAAUGUUUGGUUUUUAGAUCAUUAUAGGCAGCUCUAUUGGUUGUAUUGUUACUUUAUUUUUUUAACGGUUUUACAGUUGGUGCCUGAUAUUAUCAGAAUUGUUUGCAGAAAUGACAACUGGUAUCAUGUAAUGAAUUUUUGUGAGGUACGACUGUGGUGAGAAGGGGGUUAUUACGGAGGGAGAAAAAAAUACUGUGUUUUUAAAUCUUCUGAGGCUGGGUUUGUCAAUUUUUUAAAAAUUAACUUUAUAGUGUCAUACAUAUUUCAUAAUAGGUGGUAGUGUAAAGGCUUUUCACCUCUAAUUUUAUUUAUUUUUAUUUUUUUACUAACCGUAGUAUAUUUCUCUACUACCUUACAAAGACCGCCCCUGGAAAGACCAAGAGUGACUUCACUGAUCUAAUGGUUUUCGCAGAGGGAAGCUUGGGAUAAAGCCAUGACUUUUUCCCUUCGUGCAUUGUCACAAGUUUGCAAAAGUAAUUAUCAAAGCACUGAGAAAAUUAGUCAUUCUCAGUAGAAUUGCUUCGAAUAAAAUACAUGAUUAUACCCUUAGAUUUAGUAUAAAAUAUUAAUUAAUUUAAUACAAACAGAACUUUACGAUAGAUACAUGGUGGCCCAAGAAAAUAAACAUACCUAGCUGACCAUUUGGUAUUGGUGCAUUUUGCAAGUUUAAGCAUUCUUAUGUUUUCUUUGCAAAAAUAAGUUACAUGAACACGCUGAGCUGUUUUCCGAACCUUCUAAGAAAUAAGUAUGAAUACUCCAAAGAGUAUAUAAACAGACCUUACACACGAACAUAGCGUGUCGACCUGGGUCCAUCAUACAAUUACAUAAAAAUGAGAACACAGCUAAGGUGUGGUGUUGUCAUAAUCUUCUGAGAGGCUUUUUAAAAAGGUAAAUAUAUUUUUAAGUGAUUUAAGCUGAGUUGGCUUAUCAAAAUAGUGCUAUAUCUUGUGAACAAAUUAAAUUAUAAAAUCAGCUCCUCCUUAUAAAACUAAAAAAAAUGUCUACUGUUUUAGGUGGAAGAGUAAGUAAAAUGUGUUGAAAGAAAAAAACAGAGUAGGUUGUCUAAGGAUGCUGAUUUGAUAAAUUAGCUUUUAUUGGAUCUCAGAGAUAACGGUGCCCCACCCACAUUCUCAAAUUCCUAUGUAAAUUCAUUUUUUGGGUCACAGUAGUAUUUUUAUUUUAUAAAGGAGCCUAACUUUUUCUUAUAUUUAGAUUUUGUAGAUUGUCCCAUUAUAUUUGCAUAUUUUCUUUUGCUGACUUAUCUCCUGGUUUUUGCCGACCACAGCUUAAUCCUUCUCAUUUCAAAACAAAUGUGUACAGCUAGGAGGAAGAGUCUUUAGAUCCUUCCUCUAAUACACAAAAAAGGUAGGAGGGAUGGGAAAUCCAUCACUUUUAAGCAAGUGUGUCAGAUAUAGCCACGUUUUCCAGCCGUCAACCUGCACGGUUGUGCAUCACUCAUGGACCAUCUGCAGCUUGCUUGAUCCAUUUACACAAAUCUGGAUCCAUUUAGAAGAAAAAUAAAAUUUCCAUAUUUACCUAUCUUCAAAUAUAUAUUAAAUAAGAACAGAUGUACAACAGAUUAAAUUUAUUAAUCAUAUAUUUAUUUUUAUAAUACAAAAAAGGUAUUUAGAAAAAUAAGGAAUAGAAUAAUAUGGUCUUCCCCAGGACUCUGUCAGCACCAUCUGAGUACCUGGAAAUGAAUCCUAUUAAAUUAUUUACACUUCUAUGGGAGGAGCAUUCAGUGACUGCCAGAUUAAAGUUCUCUGUUAAGAAUUUUUUUCUUUAAAAUUCCUGAUAAUCCUGUUUUACAUCUGGUUAAUUUGUACUUCCUUUCUUCUUUUUCUAGCCUCUUUUUAUAGUAUCAUAAAACGACCUUUUCCUUUGUCUCUCAUGUCAUGUCUCCUCCAAAAUUCCUUUUAAAUUACAUUUUUAUUUUUCAGAACUGUAAGCAUGAUCAUCUUCAAUGUAACUUUGAACUUCAUCAUGGUUACAGCAAGAUUGAAAUAUGUGUGCAAGAUUAAACAGAAACAUUGAAAUAUAAGGAUAUUUAUUUAUUUACUGCCUACUAGUCAUAGACCCCAUGAUCCCAGGAGUAUUAUUAUAUCCAGGAAUAUUAACAGUUAAAAUGCCAAAUUCAUUUGAAAAUUUUACAUAAAACUAAAUCUGUUUAAUGUGCAAAGCAUAAAACUUAAUUAUAAAAAGAAAAUAAGUAAUUUCCAUGAAUCACAAGUCUUCAGGAAUAAUCUUUGAUACCUAAAGUAUGCAUAUAGGCUCAUAUACCUACUUUAUUUUAAAUAUCUUCAUCUAUGCUAAUGAGGGAGUGUUUUGGAUUUUAAAACCAGACAGUCAAAAAAUAAUUUUCAUUUUAUUUUCUAAAUGGUCAAUUUUCAGUCUAGAGUGAACUCCUUAUCUCAUAAUAUAAGUCAUAUAUGGAAAAAAAUAUAUAAAAACAAUGUACAAUCAAGGAGAGAGAGAAGGUAUUUAAAUCAUUCAAAAAAGCAAUCAAAUUGCAAAAUUCUUGUGGUUUAACACGAAUCAAGAACUACAGCAUUUUUGCACUGAGUUAACUGGUGAUAAAUGUUCUACAUUCCAUAAUCAAAAUAAGACAUCUUAUUUCACUCUGCAUAACUCUUUAAAAUCUAACAAAGUAUAACCUGAAUAAAAAUGCCUUCCAGCAACAGCUUUAAAACUUACCAACUCCGUCUCAAAAAACAAAAAAAAAAAACAAAUUUAGUUCAGACCAUGAAUGGAAAACAAAUCCAAAUCUGAUCCUUGAAAAGCAAAGGCCCUAAAGAAGGUCUUCAGAAGAGAUGGUGAAGAAUGAAUUAUUUUACAUAUCACCCAACCACAUUUCCUAAAAACGUAUUUUGGCGUCUUCUCCUGCCAGAUUUCUGCUCUUCAAGGCAGUCAGUUAAACCUCAUCUCAUAAUUUUCACUGAAUUAGUUCUUUCUUUUUGCCUUUUUUAUUAAAUUUUCGAAAAUGUUCUCAGUCCUGUUUUUAAUUUCCCCAUCCUGUCUUUUUAUUCUGCUCUCAGCUUCUAUCACAUCGCACAUUAUCCCUAUCAGCAUAACAAAGGUAGCACAACAAGUCUAAAAACACUGUGCAGAUCUCCUUCAAAGAGGCUUGGGGCAGGGAGAUGUUGCAAAAUCUUUAAUAUUUUGGGUUCUAUUACAUAAUGGAGAACAUUUACACUAACAGAGGAUGUGGAUUCUGGCUGUUCCUUAACUUGAAAUCAAGUUCUUUGGAAAGUAAUUCUGAAAUGCAUCAUGACGAUGGUCCUUUUCAGUUGCUUUAACUAAGGAAGUUUAUUAUUAAUUUUUAAAAAUUAGUAAAUAAGAUCACUAUCUGUUAUUAUAAACUCACAGUUGGUCCGUGUCUUUAUGGAUCAAAGAGAUUAGAAGCAAAGUAUCACUUCUUUCAGUAGCAGCAUCUUAACAUUUCCAAUCUCCAAUUCCGCAUUCAAUCACAAGAUAUUCUAAUAUUUUUAAAUAUGAAGACUCCAAAAGGUAGAGGAGUACACUGAGUUAAAUUGAUGGUAUUCUUUCACCAGAACACAAGGCACUGAAGUCACCUAACUUUUGGUUCUUAUGAGCAACGUUUUCAAAAAUUUUUCAAUCUUUAUAAUGUUACGCAAAGACAACACAGAUUUUUAUCUAGCUCAGCUUAACAAAUAUCUAUGGAAUGUCUCCUAUAUGCACCAAAUUUUAUUACAAAGAUAAGUUUGGUUGUGCUGUCCUUGCCUUCGGGUAACUCUCAUUAUUAUAAUUUAGAGCUUUAUUUGCUGUAUUUGCUAUGGUUGCCAUGUCAGCAGGGGAUAGCACUUUUCAUAGAAUAUAAAGAAAUAAAUAGGAACUUCGUCCAGUGGGAAUUGGAUUUGCAAUUUUUUGGACUUAAAAUUCUCGUAGUAUUCUUCCCAAACACCCCAUAAUCCCUGCUGGUUUCUCUAAAACGGUUUCCUCAUUAAGAGUUGAUCCUCAUCAGAAGUCACAGAUUUUUAUUGUCUAGCGGCAUACCUACCAGUUCGUAUAUGGAUUCACUACCUUGAAGGUGCCUCCUGUUAAAAAACAUUAGGUUUUUUUCAAGAGCAGUUGUGGAAUAAUCUCCUGUUCACGCUCAUUCACUGGCUCUGGUCAACAUGAUGCUAAGUAUGAACUGCAAUGGUAGCGUAAAAUCCUUUCAAACUCCAUCCAUUUAACAAGGGAAAGAGCUGAUUACUCCUGACUAUACAUACUACUAAGGGAAAUGAUAGAAACAUCUUAUAUUGUGUAAAAGUAAACGCCUCAUCUUUUUCUUACUGUUAACUUUUAAAAAAAUGUAUUGAUGAGAUGUUUCAAAAAUUUCUCAGAAUAAAAAUUAACUUUUAUUGUUAUAAUUAGAUGUGGCAUAAUAUAAAUAUAUUCUGGGAAAAGAAUUAAAAGAUCUAGAAAAAGGUAUUGGUCAUCAAAAUGUAGUUUUAACAAAUCAUCUUUUUCUGAGUAGUAAAUUAGCUUCAAAUUGACAAUGAGUUUAUAUAAAAUGUAUUUUAAAAAUAACAUUUAUAUCUUAAUGGAAAGAUUUGGGUUCUUUGCUCUUAAUUCAAAGGAGUUUUUGUUUUAUUAGCGUUUGCUUUUUUGAGAUUUUAGAAUAUAUUUGGAACUUCUUUAGCUUACCAGUGUCAAUCCAAAUUACAUUUUAAAAUGAGAAAAAAAGAGAGAAAACUUUUCAGUUACUAAGGAAGGCAAAGCACUAUGAAUUGAAUAAACUGUACCUUUUUAAAAGGAUCUGUCAACUAUGAAGUUUGUGUAUCGCAGUGACAUCAAGUGAUUUUUGCAGUGUCUUAUUGAAAGCAGUUUCCUUUUAAACAAAACAUGGAAAGCUUCUUGCUUGAAUUUUCACACGGAUUAAUCAGAGUACCAAAUCUCUACAUCAUUAAGAGAACUUUUGAUUUGUUUCAUUAUGAAGUCUCAAAGAAUUCCAUUACCCUUAGACACAACUAAUUCAUUCUUAAGAAUAACAAAGGUAUCAAAGAAAAAUCACCUGACAGGUGAGGAGGAAAGAUAGCUCUUUAGUGUUAAAAAAAAGAUGGAGCUUCUACAUUUGAUUAGAAUAAAGUGUAAAUUAACAACACAAUCUUCUCAGGAGUUGUGAGUUAGAAAAAUACCAGAAUCAGUGAAAAUCUUCCCUAAAGUAGAGCUCUGUUAUUACCUGUAUUUUCUGCACUAUUUGUAACCUCUGGCCAUUUUUAAUUUGUCAUAAUAAACUCAUUUUUGGUUAGAUCAUAAGUUAUCAUCUCAACAAAUCAGAACAACUGAGAUAUAACUAUAGAUAGAGUAUUCUACAAAAUAAUAAAAGGAAGACAACUCUAAUUCAGGAUUCCUAUUUAGUUAGCAACAGAGUCUCUAUCUCAUUAUCCAUCAUUGAAAUGAGAACUAUCUUUAUCCCAAAAUAAUACAUUGUUAUAGUGAGAACUCUAAGGAUAUGAGAAUCAUUUUCCAUAUAUUCCAUUCAAUUUGUAUAUUUAGGUAUUAGUAACUGGGAUAGAUAUCUUUGCUUCUGAGUUAAAUGUGAGCUUACACGAGAAGCGAAUGGAUGUAAACAUUUCUCUACAAGUUGUUCCACAUUUGUAGAUCAACCUUAGAACAGUCUUAAUUUGUCUGAGUUCUAUAACGACUCAAUAUCAUUUAAUUUUUCAAAAUCAUGAUAGGGAGAAGAAUCUUAAUUUGUAAAGAUGAGCAAACACCACACUUUUAAGAUCUUUACCUUAUUCAAUAUUUCCUCUUCCACUAUUUUUAUAAUUAAAAAUCUCUUUUCUACAUUUAGUAAUUGGUAGGAUGAACUGUAUGCAUUUAGAUAGAAAUCGCUUUUAUUAAAUUUUCAUUUAAACACAUCUUCGUUCACUUAAUCAGAGAAGCCAUAAUACAAUUCUUAAUAUUAGCUCAUUUUUCAAAGUAGUAACUUUUGCUAUCUUUAGAAUUCUCAUAUACCCAGUAAUAUAACUACUAAAGUCAUGAGGAAGUUUUUCUUUAACUGUGCAUGCUUUAUUUAUUAUCAUAUUGUUUUUGUCUUUAAAAUAAGUCAGCUCAAAAUUGUAGUCUUUAGAAGUCCUAUAACAAAAAUCAAUGGCCAAUAAUUUGCUAACAAAUUUGUAACUGAACAAGCUAUUUUUUUCUGUCAAUGUGACUGAUGUGCGCAUUGUUAAAUUCAACUGUUUAAAUAUUCAUUGGUAUAUUAUCUAGGGCUAUUCCUGCAAUAUCCUCAUAGUAUUUUUAAGAUAAUGCUGAAUAUCAUAUACAGUUAAUAAACAAUCAUUGGGGCUUUUUAAAAUUGCUGCACUGCAUGAAAAGUAAGUUUUAAUGUAUAUAAAAGUUUGUCAUUGAAGUUUGGAAUUUAUUUUAAUGUACUCUUUCUUCCCAUGCCAGAUAUGUCUUCGAAGAAAACUGUAUUAAUAUAUUCAUACUAUGCAAAACUCUCAUUUUGUUUUUACCGAACAAAAUGUAGCUUUGAUAAAAUUUUAUGGUUUUUAGGCCUCUUAGAUUAAAAAAAAAUCAAAAUGUAAAAUGGGAGCAUUUUUCGGGGGGAGCAGGACACAAUACCUGAGCAGUGUUCAUAAAUACAAACAUGAGUAACACUUGAUGGAAAAGAUUACUGUAUGUUAUUGAUUUUGGACACAUUAUUAUUCAUUUUGUUAAUCACAUUUGACCUUGGAUUGUGACACUGAAAAAACUUGAAUAUAUAUGGGAUAUAAAUAUCUUUGGGACAUUUUACAUAAAUUAUACUUACUUUUAAUUUUGUAUACAGUGAAAACUUAGACAGUUUAAUUUUGAAUUUUGAAGGAAGAACUUUUAACAGUCUGUGUUUCCUAAAAUGUUCAUUAUGGUAUACCUGGUAGAGUAACCUCAUUUUUUGAAAAACCAGAGGCAAAACAAGAAUGCAGAACUUGGCAACAAACUAAGUUCCACUAAAAUUAAGGAAAACACUAAAGGGAAAAACAGUACAAAGAGGAGUUUGUUUUAAAAUUGUUACUUACCUCAUUUUAAAAACUGUUAGAAAAGAAUGAAUAAAAAUUAUGUCAUAGUAUUCUUACUGAUUAUUUUGAAACUAAAGUUCAUUUCAAGGAUGGGAAUCUCUAACAUAAAUCAGUACACUAAUAGGUGUUAAAAUAUGUAUUCAUAUAUAAAAUUAGAAAGAAAUCUCAUCAAAAUAGGAAAAAGUUUAUUUUCAAAAUGUUUUAUAAUAGAACGUCAUCAAAAUUCAUAACAUUUCCAUAUUAUUAAUCCUUUGUUUUCCAAACAUAUAUAAUCAAAUAAUUUGCCAAAAAUUCAAACAAUAAUACAUUGAAUUUUGGACUGUCAUAGCACUUUAGACGUGUUAAUAAAUUAUCCCAUGGAUAAUAAAGAGAAUUUUUCCUGCCAUUAUUAAAUGUAAAAUAAUAUAUAGAGGAUGUAUAAAAAAGGAACUUACUUGAAAGCAUCUUUUAGCAUCAAUUUGUCCUUAUUUUAAGCAGCUGUAUUAAUUGUAUACAUACUCUCAAAUGCUUAAAAAUAUAGUACUUACAUAUUAAUUUUAUGUGAUAUAAUUUAUUUUGAUCUUUAAAUGUUUAUAUUCUUUCAAGAAGACUGCCUUCUCUUUCCAGUUGUUUUAAGUAUGUUAAAAAAGAGCCACCAUAUUUUUUAUAUUUCAAUUCAGUCUCAUAAUUCUUGUAAGUUUCCAGCUCUCAAAGAAGUUGAAACCAAGUGUUAUAGCACAGUGGCUAGAAGUUAUUCUUUUUGAAGUUAUUCUUCUUUUAUUUAAUAUUAGUCUGAUAUACCCUAAAUUUUGCUAGAGAAGGUGUUUUCCCAUGAAAGGAAAUACAAAAUGAAAAUCCUCCAUUGGAUGUUAUAAAUUCAAAAAAAGAACAUAUAUUUUUUAUAGUUACUUAUCACUACUUACUGCUUAUUCAGUUUUUAAAAUUUUACCAAAUAUGAUGCUUCAAACACGAGGGAAAAGCCACUCCAUUUACACGUAAUUUGCUUAUUUUCUUCAGAGUUUCCAAAAACCUUUGAGAAAACAAAAUACUCCUUUUCUUCACCUUACAACCUUGAUCACUCUACCAGUAAAUGCAGUAAUAAGGUAUCUAUUAUAUAACAACUAAAAACAUCAGUCAAAGUUUAGUGUUACUCUCCUGAAACUAUGUAACACAUAUAACCACAGCAACAACAAAUUAAAGGAGAUCAUGUCUAUUUACUGGUCCAAACUUGUAUAAAUCCUAAAUUUUAUAAUAUAUAUAUAUCAAAAACGACAUACUGAUUUACUUUAAAAAUAUAUUUAUCUGUAAAUCCAUUCACUCCGUUCAACUGUUUAUUGAACACUACCAUGUAUCAUUGUCCGGUUUUAAGCCCUGAGGAUAUAUGGUGACCAAGACAAGCAAAGUCCCUGUCUCAUGGAAUUGACCUUCUAGUGGCAAAGACACACAAUGAAGAAACAGUGAUGUGCUGUGCUGAUAAUUUAAAAUGUGGCACAGCAUGACUGUGGCUCCUUUAAGUGGUAGAGGAAAUUAAGGACACAGCAUUCAAACUGAUAUCUGAAAAGCAUGAGCAGAUUUGGAGGAAGAGCAUUACAAGCAGAGGAAAAUAGUUAAGGAAUGAAAAUUUGGGGUGUUAGAGAGUAGAGAACAGUGUUCUUCGUACACUGAGAUGAGGCAAAGAGGCAAAAAGGAGAUAGGGUCAGUAAUUCAAGCAAAAACACGGAGGAGUCACUACUUCAAGAUUUGAAAGGCGUCAGUAUAUACACGGUUUUUAAAGUUUGGAAAUCACCUAGGAGAAGCCUGUAGAGCUGGGCCUAGGAUUGCACUUGUGGUAUUCCAGUGUUUAAUAGUUAAGUAGGUAACUAGAAUUAAACAAGAAAUGGAGUAUAAAGUAAGCUAGAGAGAAAGGAAAUGCAGUUGCUCAUCUGAAUUAAAUACUUUUUAAGAAGUCAAGAUUAGAACAAAGAAAUGUCCAUGGGAUUUCACAACAUGCAAACUGUUGAUGACCUUGACAAGGACAGUCGUCGCUAUGAAACAGUAGAGUCAAAUUCUAACUGACAUGGAUUCAGAAGAGCUGUAAGGGAAGAAGGUGAAGUCAGGAUCUAUCAAAACCUCUCCGGAAGUUUGAAGUAAAGGGAGCAAGAGAAAUGGGAUGAUAGCUGGAGGACGGAAGUCAAGGAAUUGUUUCUUAAGGCUGCUACAGCAUAUUUACUAAUGAAAAUGGCUUGGCAGAUGGGAAAACUGAUGAUGCAAGAGAGAUGAUCAUUGUAACAGGCUUUGAGAGACAGAGGAGUUGCGAUUCAGAGCAUAAGUAGGGGGUUCCUUUUUGAUAGGUGUAGGAAUAUACAGCUCCAAUGAAAGGGAAGGCAGUGUGUGUAACGUCCGGAGAGGUUGGUACACUGGUGGUAGAAAGGGAAGGAUGUCAUGUAAGUGUUUUUUUUAAUCAAGAAUGAGAUAAAAGUCAUAUGGAGGACAGGAAGGGUGUGCAGGUUGGAGGAUACAUAGUAAGUAGCUGGACAGUAAGAAAGUGAAUAUACAUUUGAUGAAAUAUUUUAAAGGCAUCUUUAUUAAAUAUUUUUGAGACAUCUUAUUGGGAGACCCAAAACUUUGAAUUCCGUGGGAUCCAAGGACUCUGAGAAGAGCCCUUCUUUCCAUAAUGGAGAGAUUGAGAAUUUCUCAAUACCAUAAAAACUUAUUUUCUUUACUUUCAUCUAUUACAGAUUAAAAGGCAGAAACAUUUUGUAGCUAUUGUUAUAAUUCAAAGCCUAUCAAAAUUAAAAAUAGCUUAAUCCUGAAAGAUGUAUAUUGUUUAAUCAACCUGCCACUUUUUUCUACACUAUUUGGGAGGGGAUUGAGGUCCCAUAUAAAUUUUAAAAUAAAAGACAAACAGGAACUAACCUUUUAGUAAAAAUUAUUUUGUUUUCAUAUGGAAAACAUCAAUACCUUCUGUCAUUUAAGGAAAACACACGGGCAAUGUAGUUGGUUUUUCGUUGUGCCCCUCUCUAUCCUACAGGAAAGACAUGAUCUUUUAAUUGUGUUUGCUGCUUUAUUUCUGGAGAGAAAGAUAUGUAUGUAUAUAUGUGUGUAUACUAUAUACAUACACACACAUAUGUGUGUGUGUAUGUAUAGCUCCAGGUUGUAUGUAAUUCAGUAUGUUGGAAUUUAAAGAUUCAUUAUUUGGAUUUGAUGUGAAAUUAGAUUGUGAAUAACGGAAUGAGAUUGCUCUCCAUUUUUUGCUGUUCUAGCAUAGCCAAAAAUAUAAAGAUAUACAUGUACAUAUAAAAUGUAUUUGAUUAAACACUUUAAAUGUUUAAAUGGCCACAUCAAAUUUUAAAUGGUAGACGAUAUCAACAAUUGCAGUGCACUCAAAAUGUUUUAAAAUCUUUGUAGCACAAAUCCUAAAGUGUAUGAAAACUGAAUAGCGUAUUUAUAUAAAAUGCCUCAAUAACAUGUUUAGAUUGAGAUAUUUAAUCCCUCAUAGAGCUAUAUUUGACUAAUAAAAAAGGACAGCUAAAAAUAUUUUUCCUUCCAAUAAGUACAAAUGAUUUUUAAAGCAUCUUUGUCACUUGUCAUGAAGCUAUUUAUUAUUAAUGAAGGAUUUAGCACUGUACCCAUCUGCUGUUACAAAAGGGGAAAAAGAUUCAUCUAUGAGAAUAAGGAAGUAUAGCACUGUUUUAUGUUUUCUCUCUGGUGUUCUAUCACCAUUUAUAGUUUGAACACAUGCCUUCCACUCAGGUUCCUGGCACAGCCUAUGUUCUCUUUUCCGGUUGUAAUCACAAUACGGUAGAGCGACAAAGUAAAAAGGUGUUAACAAUUGAACUGCAAUCCUACCUAUCAUCUACUUUACUAUAGCAGUGAAGUAGUCCAGACUUAUUUGAAGGUGGUACUAUUUUUAUCUUACAAAAUCUACUAUAAUAUUAUAAUGUUCCAUGUAAAUUUUCAUGUGCUGGCAUGCUUACAAGUUAAUAGUGUUAUAGAAUGCUCAGCUCUCAAUAUGAGGGGUUGUUUGUGGUGAAUUGCAUAACAUAUGUCAUCUAUUUGCUGAAAGAAUAUGGUGUUUAGCAAACUACCUGCUGAGCAACAUAGUAAGAUUUUUGUACAACGUACAAAUUACUAAUUAUUGUAUUUUAUUUUUCUAUGAUUUCCUAAGAGGCAUUAUCAGGGUCUUACAGAUGGAGUAAGCCGUUUAUUAAAAUAUCUAUUGGCAAAUAAAAGUUACAGUUUUGGUGGCUGAA